GCGGUGUUGAGAAAAUGUAACCUAACCUCUCACCGAUCUCAUAACCUCGGUGUGUAAACCUAUAUUGCGGAAUGGGAUGUUAAACAUAGAAGUUUUUCACAGAAUAUUAUAUGCAAACGGCAUAAAAUACGAGAAUCGGUCGGCCGUCACGAGGAUUUAAGCAUUGCGACUAUGAUCGGGCCUCUAUUAUUUUGAGAAAUACAAAAAACCGUUAUACCAGGUAGCAAUAUGACAUCGAUAAUAAGAAGGUCGUAUGUGUUGCUCAGGGCUUAUCCAGGAAUGAGAAAAAGGUUGAUACUACACGACCUGAAAAGUUGCCAACCGACGACAGCUUUGCGUUGCAUAUCGGUGACCAGUGCUUGCAUGUCUAAAGACAAGAGUGAGAAAAAAAAUGAAGGUAGUAAGGCAGUGGGUUUUUAUGCAUUUGCAGAUGUUAAAAGUAAGGAGAAAAAAACGUACUUAGACGUACUGCGAAUGUUCAUCGACAGAGACAUUCAGAGGCGAGGACACGUCGAAUUCAUUUACGCAGCGAUGAAACAUAUGGAGGAAUUCGGGGUCGAGAAAGAUCUGGAGGUAUACAAAAGCUUGCUCAAUGUACUACCGAAGGGGAAGUUCAUACCAGAGAAUAAGAUACAGGCUGAAUUCAUGCACUAUCCGAAACAGCAGCAAUGCGCGAUAGAUGUCCUUGAGCAAAUGGAAAACAACGGAGUUAUGCCAGAUAGAGAAAUGCAGGAUAUCCUCCUCAACACGUUCGGUAAGCUGGGAUUUCCACUGAGGAAGUAUUGGAGAAUGAUGUACUGGAUGCCCAAGUUCAAAAACGCGAGUCCAUGGCCACUGCCAGAUAUUUUGCCCAAUGAUUCUCUUGAGCUGGCCAAACUGGCCAUAGAGAGAAUUACUAGCGUCGAUUUGCUCCGAAAAACUACAGUCUUCCAGGCAAAAGAUCUCCAAGAUUCCAUCGACGAUACUUGGAUUGUCUCUGGAAUGAGUAUUGGUCAGAAAAAACUGCUUAACAAGCAUGCUACCAAUGUCCCUUUAUACGUGGAAGGGCCUUUUAGACUGUGGUUGAAAAAUUUAACCAUCAAUUACUUCGUACUGAGGGGAGAUCCUGUCCCGAAACCUGACCUACCACCACCCGACGACGAUGAUGUUACUAAAAUUGAAUUACCAUUUUUUAAAACAGAAAAAUCUGUGGUAACUCAUGAUGAGACGUCCAUUCACGAGCAAGAGGAUGGCACAAUAUUUGCUGUCUGUGCGACUGGAACCUCUAGUCGUGACUCUCUAUUAUCUUGGAUUAGAUUUUUAGAGAAAGAUAAUGACGUCUUAGCUAAUAUUCCCAUUAUAUUCACGGCAAAGAGUCCCUUAGGCAGUGUUGCAUUGACCAAUAAUAAAUCUGACAAAACUACAGAUGAAAAGGUAGAAAAUAAAACUAAUAAAGAAUAGACUUUCGUGUAAACAAUUUCACCUGUACAUUGUAAAUAAAAAAUCUGCUACCAUCACUCAGCGAUGCUUGAGCUAUUUA